ACAUUGUUUUUAUUCUUCUCCCUCCGGCUUCAUCAAGAUGGCUACUCCGCCAAUGGAGUAUUUGAAUACGAUGUGGCAAUACGUUCCUCAAGGGCAUGAAAAGCCCCUAAAGCAAGCCGUAUACAACACUGUGGCGAAUAUAUUUAUCCUUAUAGCUGCUGCAGUACUGGUUGCUGUGUAUUUUAUCCUUUCUCCCUUUAUUCGACCUCUGUACUGGGCUGUGCUAUGUGGCACCUUUCUGUAUCCAUUCAAACGAAGCCUGACGAAUGUCCUGAGGAACUGGCUGAGAAGUCUCCAGUCAUCAGGAACGCCUUUUGCUUUAGGAGCUGUGGCGUUGCCAUUUCAAGUUGCAAACAACAUGACUGAGUCUUUGACUAACGGCAUAUGGGAAAACGUGAAACUCUUAGUUGGUGUUUUCGUAGGCCUGCCACUGAUUUAUCUCCUCUAUCAUUUCGCCCCUCUUCGUAAUUUAUUUUUUGCGGUUCAGUCCAUCUUGAGCUUUCUGUAUGACUUCCUUGGAUACUUCAGUUCUCUUUGGGUGUGGACUCUCUUCAUCUCAUACUUCCUGGUGAUCGUUUUCUUGUGGACGCCUGAGUCUCAGAAGUGGUUGCAUUACCUGACUGUUCCCAUCUGGACAGCUCUGCUCCUUCACAUCGCCAAUGUGGCUGGCUUUUUCCGAGUGCCACUUCUUAUCCUUAUGGUGAUCAUCAUGGUUGUUGGCUUUGUGGUGGAGAUGGGCCAAGCCAAGCAGCAGGCUGGUGACUCACAGAUGAAGUCAUCAUCCUCUUUCUACUCAACCUUUUGCUCUGUUUUGGGAUUUCCCACUGACUCAGCCAGUGAAGGUGAAGAUUCAUCACAGGCUGCAGAAGCCCCAUCGGAUGCCCCUCAGUCGGCCACGUUGGAGGAAAGUCCAAUUGUCCGCCCGCCACCUUCGGAAGUCCGCAAACCUGGGAGUCUGAGUCUAGACACGGAGAGAACACCAGUAUCCACACAACAGAAAAAGCCUGAGAGACCGGGAGAUGGGGAGCAGGGAGACGGAGCUGAGGAGCCGGCCCCGGGGCCUGUGACCAACCAGUACUUCAUGGCUGUCAUCUGGGGUCAUGUGAUUGUCCGCAUCUGGAUGCACGCCUGGCUGAUCCUGUUGCUGUUCCUGCUGCCCGUUCUCCACUAUGCGGGGAAAAAGAUCAUUCAACAGUUCAGCUCGGGGGGUAUGUUCCACGAGAAGGCUGAGAGCACAAAGAGCUCGGCUCGUCAAUGGCUGGAUUCUCGCAAAGACCUUCUCAUGCCUCGAGGUCUAAGGGGUUUGGGCCGACUCGCCCUCAAGGGAGAUCAGAAGAUGAUUUCAGUUUUGGAGCAAGGCCUGGACAAUGCCACGAGCAUUCUCUUCAUCCUCAUGCUGCUGGUUGGGACUUUUCUGUUCACCAUCAUCGGUGCCGUGCAGAUCCAGAAAGAGAGCAUGUACAUGGUGACCUCUGCCCAGAACAUUUUGAACAAUACUGUCAACUCUGACAUGGCACAGUGGAUGCCAGGAGCGGAUGAGAUGCGCAGCACGAUGGAUGAGGUUCUGCACAAGACUCAUGAGUAUGGGAGAAACUUCAUUGCAUCCAAGGUCAAAGAGUUUGUGGACGGAAGCGAAGAGGAACAGGACAAUCUGGUGAACCAGGUCCUGGAGGUGUGGGACACUGUCUACGAAUCCAUGCUGUCCUCGGAGGACAAGACCUCAGAUCAAGUGAACAAAACGUCCAAGGUGGAUCCGGUGACCUCCAACAUGGACAACCUGUGGCAGAUGUUGAGCCAGGGCAGCGGAAUGUUCCAGAUCAGCAACAUCGUGGAGUUUGUCAAGGAAAACCUCGGCAUGUUCAUGUCGAUCAUCUUCCUGACCACACUGUUCUACCUGUUGGCCUCCAGUGGAAACAUGUACAAACCUGCCGAGGUCUUCUCCAACAUGAGCCCGGGCUCCACUGGCAGCAGGCUGGGUCAAGCUUUCGAAGAAGCAAUCAGUGGUGUGUUCAUGGCCUCAUUGAAGAUGGCUUUCUUCUACGGCUUGUAUACCUGGCUCAUCCACCUCAUCUUUGGCCUGGAUGUUGUGUUCAUUCCAUCAGCUCUGGCGGCCCUGUUUGCUGCCAUUCCCUUCCUUGGCCCGUACUGGGCUGCCAUCCCCGCUGUCAUCGAACUGUGGCUGGUUCAAGGUCAAGGUCUUAACGCACUGCUAUUGUUCAUUGCACACAUGGUCCCAUCCUACGUUGUGGACACGGCUAUCUACAGUGAGAUCAAAGGGGGCCACCCGUACGUCACUGGCUUGGCCAUCGCGGGCGGGAUGUACUGCAUGGGCCUGGAGGGGGCUAUCAUCGGCCCCAUCAUCCUGUGCUGUCUCAUCGUGGUGGUGAAUAUGUACAGCGGACUGCUGCGUAACGAACCCAGCACUCCCACUCCGGCGAGGACUAACUUUAGUCUUCUGUCUUUAAUGGCUGGCCCGCAGAGGAGGGACACGUUUAAGACAUCACGGUCUGUAAGCAGUGACAGUUUGUCGCUAUCACAUCCUCGAGCCAGGAAGAUGGGAGAGUUCCCUGUGGUGGCGCCUCAAAGUCUGCAACAUUUCGGCAAAUAGGAUGAGGAAAGGACAAAGAUAGGACAGCGAAUAGGAUGAGAAGAGGACAGCGAAAAAACGGGGAAAGGACUGCGAUAGGACUGCAAAGAACAACGAUAGGACCCGCUGAGAAAGAAAGUGAACAACGGCGAUAUUUUGACAUUUGAUGCUUACUUAGUAGUAAUUUUCUUCUGCAGAAGUACCAAUACAGAAGCCAAUAAUUCUUCUGGUGUGGUUUUAAAUAACAGUGUUUUGACGGAAUGACACACUAGAAUAGAUGAGUGGAACAGUUUGUUACGUUAAAGUAGCAGUGGGGGUGAAAUCAUCAAGUUUCAAGUUUCGGCUGUCGGUUGCAAUUCUAUGGUUUUUUUAAACUUUCGAAAAUUUUAAUAUCGAAUUAAACAUUUUUUUCACUCAAAUGAUUUUCAUUUUCAAAUCGCAAUGUCACUGCUUUCCCUUUGAUGUAAGAAUUUUGUUGGUCCGGUGAGCUUUUUAUGUGUAAUCGCAGCAAAAUCCUGAGACUGUGUUUUGAUAUACUGGAGGUUGUGCAUGCUUCUAGAUAUUAGGAAUAGGAGAGUUUGACUUUCUGACUUGUGUGGAAAUAAGAUAGCCAUCAUGUACACAAUAAUAAGCAUAUAAUUAGAGCUGUCAUCGUGUGCCUGCUAACUUGAGUCGUAUUUUAAAAUUUUAUUUUGCCUUUGUCUUGCAAUGUAAUCAAUAAUUAUGUUGCACUUAGAAAGUGUGAUCACGGGAAUCGUUAUUAUUAAUGUGAAGUCCACAUUAUCGUAUCGUAUAAGUCUGUUUGACGUUUACAUGACCUACUUAGACAGGCUGCUCAAUAUCGACGUCGCUGUUACAUGCAGUAAUAGCUUACAUUGUAGUGAAAUGAGAAUUAGAAUUGAACUAUUAAAAUAUCUGCUUUGAUUUACGUAGGUACGUUCCUUUAGUUGCUAGCCAAGCACCAUUAUAAUAACUGUGACUGUGUGUUACUAUGUUUGUUGUUCUAGUAGUCCGCUUGUGUAUGUGCAAUACGUUCCAGGCUUGUGUAUGUGCUGGGAACCUGUACGUUUAUGCUCUCCGUCAUAAUCAAGUUGAUAUUUAAACAACGGUUGUAUUACUUAAUUUUUGUUUGCUGGUGUUUCAACUUUUUUUUCUUCAUUGUGGUGGUAUUUUAACAUAAUUUUUAUUUUCUGUCAUUUCGACUUAUUUUAACCUAAUUUCCAUUUGUUGUUAUUUUAUCUGAAUUUUUAUUUGCUUUCAGCGUUAUGACGGUUUAGUUUGUUUGCUUUAACUUUAACAGUUGUCUAUAUUUUUGUACCCAUUGCUUUAAACAAAUGUAUAGUCAUACGGGUCAUAUGCAAUAAGCUUAGUUUUUGUUAGGAAAUGAAAGAUAAAAAAAAGAGGAGUCGUUAUCUUUAGAACGCUUACUCAAAAUCUUGGUUAUUUGGAAACAAGGCUGAGGCAACCUCAAAAAUACAUUGGUUGAUGAUAGCUGGCUCUGUCUGUUUGGGUUUCGCUGGACAAAAUGACCACAGAUAAUAUCUGAAUAUGGGAAUAGCACAUCAUAUGUUGAAAAAGUUAAAGGUACUUUUUAUAUACCGAAGAUCUGAGCUUACUGAAAAUGAUCCAAUAAUAUUUUGGCGAUAAUGUUAUCUUACUUCUUUUUUUUUUAAUUCUUUUUUUUUUCUACAUUGUGAUUUUUGUAAUAAUAGACUACAUUGUACCAUUAGCAUUGCUAGGUUUUGAGUGUAAGUUUGACAUUGAUAGAUGUCUUUGCUUGAGUUGCUGUGAGAUAUUUGAAGAGUGUGGGCAGGUAUUGUGGUCUUUGGUAAUAAUAUGGUAUAUCUCAUUUUUAUCAUCAUCAUUGGACCUCAUGAAUCUCAAAGAAUCUCAUGCUCAAUUUAUGUCAUGUGAACGGUAUACCUCACUCUAUAUCAGUUUAGUGCUUUUGUGCUGUCCAGUUGUGCUUUAUUGAUAUGAAUGGUUUUAUUUUUCUUAACGGCAUUUUUGUUACAAAUUUGAACUUGGAGGAUUUUAUGGCCAGUAGUUUCGAAAGUCUUGCAUGCAAGUGAAUUCUGUGAGGGAUAUUUUUUCUUUUUCUUUAAAGAGGCAGCUCUUUAAUUUUACCAUACCUGGUGUUGAUAUGUUAAAAUUUCACACCUGGGCUGUGUCAGUGCUGAGUGAACUGAACUUUUGAUCCACGUAAAGUGACUUCAUGCUAGCUUGUUUCUGGAUUCCAGAGUCAAUUUACGAAACUGAAUGGGCUCACCCAUGGUUUCAUAAUGUAAUGGUUCCUAGUGUUAUCAGACAGUUUGUCUUUUUAUUAUUUUUCUCUUGUUUAUAUUUCUAUAGUUGUUAGAAAUCCCAUUUUGUACUUGUAAGUUGAUGGUGAUCAAAGCAAAGUACUUGGGUCUGGGUCUGUGGCAGUUAGGCUCUUUGCUGUAGCAUACAGAAGACGUGAGUUCAAUUUCUAUGGAGGAAAUCUUUUUAUUGACCAUUUCCGUCUGUUUGCUGGGAUGUCGUAUCCCACGCAGCCCAGGUUGAUCCUGAUAAGUUGGGUGGAAGCAACUGGCUUCUGAAUCGUGUCAGUGGGGAUGUAAAGCAAAGACUGAAAAGCAAAAUAACAGACUUUAAGAACUUAAAUUUUUCAUGAGUCAAAAGACUGCCUCAAAAGAGUUGUUUCUUUCUUGUAUUCCGUUAUGGGAUAUGAGAGCUUCUGGACUGCUUUUUUUUUAGCUCAUAAAGUAAAAACUUCAUCUCCAAUAUAAUAUGUGGCAUGUUAUGUCCCCAGAUUAGAUGUCAGAAGUUUUUAUGUUUAUACCAGAUUUGGCUAGUUUGCAUGGAACACCACCGACAUUACAGUUUCUUGCACCACGGCACGGAGGUCUUAAUAUCUCUUCAUGCUCCUUUCUGUUCGUCAACCUGUCUUUCAAAAUACUUUUAUUUCACUGUUGUUUCUCAAUGUGGUGCUUCUCUGUUUCUUGUGUGAGACGGCGAGAAUGUUGAAUGUACUGCUGCUGCUUGUUAUACUGUUUCAUCAUUGUGCUUUGGAAAUCUGCCUCCACUUUUUUUUUUUUUUUUUUUCACAAUGUCAAGAGGCUAAACACUGUGAUUAUAUGGUUUUUCUCUCCUUCUUGUGCCCUUUUUACGUACAUGGCCACUUUAUCUACAUAGUACGUAGAAACUUCCCUUGCCUGACAGGCAGGCGUGUGCCAUUUUCGAAGGUACCCUAAAUAUUUAUACUGACUAGAGUGGCUCCAGUUUUAGGUAGAAAUUAAGUUUGAAUUUUGCUCGUGCGGGUGGCUCAAAAGGCCUACUUUUUUCUAUUUUAGAACUACCAAGGGAUCUGCCAUGUGUGAAACUCUACCUGAGGCUUUCAAAUUUUCCCGUCCUGUUCCGAGAAGACUAUGUGCUAGUUCAUGCCCAUUCUAGUGUACUAGUGUACUAGGAUCAAGGGGUGUAGAAAACAUGAGGAAAAUAACCUGACACUGGGAGGGGGGGGGGGAUCGACCUCUAGACCUGUGGAUUGACAGGCAAACACCAUACAUACAUGUACCUGUUGCUGCCAUGUCCCCAGUUUUGUCUUCAGUGCAUCCUUUUUUAAAUCUUUUUUUUUCUUCUAUUUUCCAAAGUACUCUUUGAAUUUGCAAAUGAUUGAGGUUUUUUGAGGUCAUUUUCUUCACAUGUCAUCAUACACUCGGUCUCUGUCUGGUUUAGACCACACUAAGUUCUCAAUGUGGACAUAUAGUAAACUGACCAGGAAAUUAAUUUCACGAUAAACUUUUCAUUCUUAGGUCUAGUUCUUUAGAUAUUUUUCAAUUUUUAGAGCAUUCCAAACUGUUUUUUCCAAACGAUAUGUACAUUGUUGGAUUGUUGUGCUUUAAAUUUGUCACCGAAAAUGAAAUUUUUGGCUGAAAAAUAAGCUGAUAGACAGUUUUUAGUUAAUGUUAAUGUAAUUAUGAGUCAGAGUUUGAAAACCGGUUUGCAGUCAGUGAUAGACUUUUGGGGUAUGCAUUUAUGAAAAUACCUGCCAGUACGUCCGAGGAAAGAGAGUAGUAUGGUUUGCACAAAUUGAGAAGUAACCGAUUGCUCUCAUAUGAUCAAAUAUUGAGUUUUAAAUGAUACUAUGUUGUAGUUUUCUCAGUUGAGUAUUGUAGAGAGACUGAAAGUACUGAAAGUGUUGGACUUGUCUGGUUUUUUAAGAUUGGGGUAAAAAAUAAUGGGGGGGUUCCCAAACUUUGAUGUCAAUUUUCUUAUUUUUUUACCCUUUUGUAUGAACAAAUACUAAAAUCUGCAAUUUGUUUGAUUAAGUUCUGAUUAUGUUAGAUUAAUGGACUGUUAUUUUUUGCUCAAGAACUUUUCUAGAUUUUGUGCAAAGAAGUAGUCCGGAUAUAAAGGGAGGUUUUCCAUGCUUCAACAUAUGCAUUUGUUCCUGAGGUGCUGAGGAGAGCGUCUUCCCGAUUCAUUUACUCUUUGUGUCCUUUGUUGUAACUGUUUCCCAUUUGUUUUAUUUUGUUCCUGAAAAUUUUGGUUGCAAUAAAUAUCUAUGUCCUAUUGGAGAUUUCCGUAAAUCCAUUUUACCACCAUUCAAGUUUGUACUUUGAAAGAAAACAUCGCAGUAGAUUUGGCUUCUGCUCUGCUUAUACUUAUAUAUGCCAUCUUAGAUUUUUGUUUGCCUGUUUUCUUUAGUGCUAUAUAUGUCAUGUGUCCAUGCACAAAAUUAUCUCUUAAAUAUCGUGGUUCUGUCUUUGAGUGGGAUCCUCCCACCUAUUGUACUCACGUUUUGUCAGUUGUGCUAUUUUUUUAUAUCUCUAUCUAUGGCUUCUGAUAUUUCAUAUUUGCCCUGUAAGAUUUUGUAAAUCAUUGUUCUGUUAGACAAAACAUAUUCAUUUGGCAUUUUUGGACUGCAAAAUUUGCUAAUAAUAACAAGCAUUUUUUUUCUUCCAAUUUAAAUUAACAGACAAUUAAUAGACAGUAAAAAAAAAAUUACUGUGUACUUGUGUUUCUGAUUAGUGUGCAGUGAAAGAAUUCAAAAGUCGAUCUUGUUCUCAUGAGCCUGUUAUUUUCCACUGUCAGUCUGUGUGUAUCACACUGUGGUAUUCCAUUGGCUCAUACUCAUGUCUAAAGUAGCUGUUUGCUCAGAAAAGUUUGAUCACCUACUCCCAACUUUGACAGAUAGGAACUCGGUUGUGUGUGUCACUAGCCAAGGGUCUCAAAGUACAACUUGUAUAGUUUUCAACUUUUUCCUUUUUGAGCAAAAUACCCAAUCAGAUUUGAUAAUAAAUUUGCUCUAGAUUUCAGCUUUUCUUUUCAGGCACUAAAUCAUGGUUACAUGAAAGUAUUGAAAGCCAGAAACAGUUUGUUGUUUUCAGAAAAUAACUGUUUUGUUCUUUGACUUCAGAUCACAAUUUUAGUAAAAUUACAUAAAGGCAAGGAGAUUUCUGAGGAAACUUAGAGUUGCAGAAUUAAUACAAAAUUUCUAAACAGCGUGGCAAACCACUAGAAUGAACUAAUUUUGCUAACUUUUGCAAUUUGGCCAAAAUGAACUGUCUCAGAUCUGACUUUCCAUUAUAACAAUGUGUCUGUUGUACUGACAUUCCUUGGACUGACAGGUCUAUUGAUGGAAGAACUUUGACCUUACAGCCCUAAUCAAUAAGUCUUGACCUGAACUGUGCACUUUUUGUGUAGACUCAAGUCGAAUUCCUUGUGCUGCUUGCAUUUAUUUGUGUGGACUUCUGCGUGUGGUUGUACUACACUCGCUUGUUUGUGCGCAUGCUUAGUUUGAAAUGAUCCAGUCACAAAUCCUCUACUACAAUUAUUUACUCCUCAUGAAGUUAAUGGACAGUUUUGCCAUGUUGUGUCUUUGCCAUGUAGGACCUUUGACUUCUAAUUCUAUUUUUACAUAUAUUAUAAUAAUAAUGUAUCUUUGCUUGGUACUUGUAGUUUUGUUGUCUAUGCUGCCAUUUUACUUUGCUUCUAUACUCAAGAGGUCACCGAAAUGUAAAAUAACCAUAAUAAUAUUAUAAGCCCAUAUCGACUAUCAUUGUAGCCUAUCUCUUUUUGGGGAUUGCAUUUAUUCUUAUGAUUUGUUUUUCUUUGUUACUGCUGUUUUUCUGCAUGCUGUGAAUUUCGUAGGAAAGUUUGUGUGGUGGUAGUGGCGAGUGUUGAUUUUCCCCUAUCUCCUCACAGCUUACUAGUAAUACUAGUCUGAUCUCAGGACAACAUGACAGGUUUCCCGCUGUGCACUAUAAAUGUUGUCUACUUCCUGUUU